AUGAAGGAGCCGGAUGCCAUCAAGCUGUUUGUGGGGCAGAUCCCGAGGCAUCUGGAGGAAAAGGACCUGAAGCCCAUCUUCGAGCAGUUUGGCCGGAUCUUCGAACUGACUGUCAUCAAGGACAAGUACACCGGGCUGCACAAGGGAUGUGCCUUCCUGACAUACUGUGCCCGCGAUUCAGCCCUGAAGGCCCAGAGCGCCCUGCACGAACAGAAGACACUGCCAGGGAUGAACAGGCCGAUCCAAGUCAAGCCAGCCGACAGCGAGAGUCGAGGAGAAGACCGGAAGCUCUUUGUGGGGAUGCUAGGGAAGCAGCAGACAGAUGAGGACGUCCGCAAGAUGUUCGAGCCUUUCGGGACCAUAGACGAGUGCACCGUGCUCCGCGGGCCCGACGGCACCAGCAAAGGCUGCGCCUUCGUGAAGUUCCAGACCCACGCCGAGGCCCAGGCAGCCAUCAACACCCUUCACAGCAGCCGGACGCUGCCGGGUGCCUCCUCCAGCCUGGUGGUGAAGUUUGCUGACACGGAGAAGGAGCGCGGUCUCCGGCGGAUGCAGCAGGUGGCCACCCAGCUGGGCAUGUUCAGCCCCAUCGCCCUCCAGUUUGGAGCCUACAGCGCCUACACCCAGGCCCUCAUGCAGCAGCAGGCGGCCCUGGUAGCAGCUCACAGUGCCUACCUCAGCCCCAUGGCCACCAUGGCUGCUGUGCAGAUGCAGCACAUGGCCGCCAUCAACGCCAACGGCCUCAUCGCCACCCCCAUCACCCCUUCCUCAGGAACCAGCACCCCUCCUGCCAUCGCUGCCACGCCCGUCUCUGCCAUCCCUGCUGCCCUGGGCGUCAACGGCUACAGCCCGGUGCCCACCCAGCCCACUGGGCAGCCUGCCCCUGAUGCUUUGUAUCCCAACGGGGUUCACCCCUACCCAGCCCAGAGCCCCGCGGCCCCCGUGGACCCCCUGCAGCAGGCCUACGCGGGGAUGCAGCACUACACAGCAGCCUACCCGGCAGCCUACAGCCUGGUCGCACCUGCGUUCCCGCAGCCUCCAGCCCUGGUCGCCCAGCAGCCCCCGCCACCUCCCCAGCAGCAGCAGCAGCAGCAACAGCAGCAGCAGCAGCAGCAGCGAGAAGGCCCCGACGGCUGCAAUAUCUUCAUCUACCACCUGCCCCAGGAGUUCACCGAUUCAGAGAUCCUCCAGAUGUUUGUCCCCUUUGGCCACGUCAUCUCAGCCAAGGUCUUUGUUGACCGGGCCACCAAUCAGAGCAAAUGUUUUGGCUUUGUGAGCUUCGACAAUCCGGCCAGCGCCCAGGCUGCCAUCCAGGCCAUGAACGGUUUCCAGAUCGGCAUGAAGCGCCUCAAAGUCCAGCUAAAGCGGCCUAAGGACGCCAACCGGCCCUACUGA